CUAGACGUAUCAUGCCGAAAUGCCGUUUGGUACACGCGUUACAUCGUGUGCGGAGUGUGUGGCAUUGAGCUGGUCGCCUGAACUUCACGUAUAUAAUCGUGAUGCUCUAGCAAGGUGAAAGUGCCAUCACAGCAACAAUCGACUUCUUCAGAUAUUCAGUCCCUCCAAUCUCACAGCGAAGUCGACACCCGACAAGAUGAAGUCCACUAUCGUCAACGCAGCAACUCUGCUGUCGCUCACCAGCACGAUCGCUGCUCAGACAACGCAGUCAAAGCCAUUCACUCUCUCACUGCAGAGUACCAACGCGACCCUGAACGGCAAGACGCUCACUUCCUGCCACGAAGGUGCUGCUAUCGAAGGUCUCUGCAUUGGACCUUACGCAGCUUCACAGUAUCAAUGGAACACAACUGAUGGCCAAGUUGUGUCGGAUAAGAACCUUGGAAAGUCUGGUGUCCUCACCUGGCAGCUAGUGGGAGGAAACUUCAAGACCUCGGAGCCAAUGGUUUUCUUCUACAAUCCAUCGACCAAUGUUGCCCACGCUCAAUUCUCACCCAGUGACCAGAACGUCCAGGUCGGAUUUGACAAGAACAACAAGAUGUUUGUGCCGACUUACUACGACGACACUGUCAGCCCGCCAAAGCAAGGCAAUGAGAGGGCUCUGUACCAUUGGUACAUCUGCAACUACGCCUAUGCUGCCUAUGCGUACGAGUCUCUGAACUUUGUCGUCGGCAAUGCGAAGCCACAGAACCCAAGCUGUCAGAAGGUGGACGUCGUCAGGAAGUUCGUGAAGUAAACUUCUACACUUGAGGAGGAUCUUGAAGCAUAAUUGAGCAGCCCGCCGCCCCACAACGCAUUACAUACAACUCGAACAUACAAUAAUAGCAUACUAUGUUAAUAAUACCUCCUAGCACGAC